UGCCCGGGGAACGGAGGGGGACGGCGGAGCCGGCGGCCGGAUCCCACCCGCUCCGCGCCGCUCUGAGGAGGAGCCGGCUGAAAAGGGAGGUGGCGAGACCCCCCUUCCCUCGCCCCGGGGGGCGCCAGCCGAAGCCGUCCUCCUCGCUGACAGAUUCCCCCCAUUGCCUGGGAGGAGACGGGGCUUUUUUUCCUAACUCCCGCUAGGGGGCGCCACAUUGGGGGAACGCUCUCCCAAAAAGGGGGGCGGGGCGUUAAAGAGAGGAGGGAAGGGGCCCUCCCAAGGCCAGCGCCGGGGGGUCUAAGCCCCUCUGGGAGAGAGCAAAAAAGGAGCCCCCUCUCCCCCAGGCCUCUCUUCCUCCCCCCUCCCAGAAGGGAGCGUGGACCCCAGCUGGGUGACCCCUAAACUGCAAACGAGGACCGUCCCUCCAAUCCCCCCCCUCCAAGGAUCAAAGGGGGUCGGUGGCUGGGGAUCUGAGGCGGGGGUGGGCUUGGCGGACCCUCCCUCCCGGCCAUGACUGGCAAGACGGUCAGGGAUGUGGACAGGUAUCAGGCCGUCCUGGCCAGCCUGCUGCUGGAGGAAGAGAACAAGUACUGUGCCGACUGCCAGGCCAAAGGGCCAAGAUGGGCCUCUUGGAAUAUCGGUGUGUUCAUCUGCAUCCGCUGCGCUGGAAUCCACAGGAACUUGGGCGUCCACAUAUCCAGGGUGAAGUCCGUCAACCUCGACCAGUGGACACAAGAACAGAUCCAGUGCAUGCAGGAGAUGGGAAACGGAAAAGCAAAUCGAUUGUACGAGGCCUACCUCCCCGAGAACUUCCGGCGACCUCAGACGGACCCAGCCGUAGAAGGUUUCAUCAGAGAAAAGUAUGAGAAGAAGAAAUACAUGGACCGAAGUCUGGAUAUCAGUGCACUCAGGAAAGAAAAGGAUGACAAGUGGAAGAAGAAUGGCGAGCCAACUGUGGAGAAAAAAAUAGAACCUGUUAUCUUUGAGAAAGUGAAAAUGCCACAGAAGAAGGAAGACAUCCAGCUCCCCCGGAAAAGCCCCCCUAAAGCUACGGAGCCUGUAAUGGACUUGUUGGGACUGGAUGCCCCCGUGGCCAGCACUGCCACAAACAGCAAGACCUGCAACACCCUAGAGAAGGAUUUAGAUCUCUUUGCCUCCGCACCGUCAACCUCACUGCCGGAUUCCAGGAAGGUGGUAGGGUCCAUGCCAACCGCGGGAAGCGCUGGAUCCGUCCCUGAGAAUCUGAACCUGUUUCCUGACCCCAGGAGUAAAGCUGAAGAAUCCGGCAAGAAGCAGCUCUCCAAAGACUCCAUCUUGUCCCUGUACGGGUCCCAGACUCCUCAGUUACCUGCUCCAGCUAUGUUCAUGGCUCCGGCACAAAUCGCUUAUCCUGCAGCUGCCUACACCGGCUACCCCGGGGUCACCCCCCCCCGGACAUGAUUGGGGGCAUGAUGCCCCCCCCCGGUGGGUGUGAUGGCCCAGGCGGGAGCCCCUGGGAUGGUGGCCCCAAUGGCCAUCCCAGCCGGCUACAUGGGCGGCCUGCAGACGGCAGUGAUGGGCGUCCCCAACGGGAUGCUGGCGGCCCAGCAAGCUGGGUACGUGGCCGGCAUGGCGGCAGGCGUGCCCCAGCCCUUGUACGGCGUCCAGCCAGCGCAGCAGCUCCAGUGGAACAUUGCUCAGAUGACACAGCAGAUGGCCGGUAUGAACUUCUACGGCACCAACGGGAUGAUGAGCUAUGGACAGUCUAUGGGUGGCGGAAAUGGCCAGGGAGCCAAUCAGACACUGAGCACUCAGAUGUGGAAAUAAAAGCGAAAGCCUGUAUUUUUCUUCCCCCAGCCCCCCCCCCCACCUUUUUUUUCUUCCCUCUCCUUUCCUCCCCGUUCCCACGUGUCCUCACCCUCCUCCUUUAUUUUGUUUGAAAAAUGCUCUGAGACACACGGGGUUUGGGGCGGCUCCCUCAACUCUGCUCCGUGUGGCCACACUCCCCCCCCCACAACUUCCCGGCCCCCCCAUAUCUGAGACCUGUCUGUUGCCCUCUGCCAUCCCUGCUUGAAACCAAGCCUCAGCCACCAGGACUCCCCUGGCCAUGCCUCCGGGAGCGGACUGUGGUCACUUCCAGCACAGUAGACUGGCACGCACUGUGGGGUACUUUCCCAUGGGCACAUUAAUCUCUCAGAGGAUCCUGAGUGGCCCUUUUGGGGUUUGUAUCGGGGCUCUGGAGGAGGGAUUUGGAGAGUCCAUUUGGUUAUUGUUAAGCUUUGGCGGGGGAGGGGGAGAGGCUGGAGGGGGGAGCUAAGAAAGGGUUAAAAGCAAGCAAAUAACUCACAAGUUUGGCCCAGGGGGAAGCCAGCACUGGCCUGGAUUAGAACCCAGCUCUUCCCAAGGUGAAGAAGCCUCUUUUCCCUCUCGUCCCCUGCCCCUCCCUACCCCCAGUCUUUUGAGGUUUUCAGGGCUGGGGCCCUGUGUUGCUGCUUUAGUCAACCUUCAUUGGAACCAAAGUCAUUUGGAGGGCCCCUCCCCCUAGAGAAGGGAUGCUGGGAUGGGGGGCGGGGAACAGGGGGACAUACCCACCAUGUCGAAUGUGAAACUUGCACUUCAAGGUGGCUUUCCAUUUUUUAUUUUCCCAUCCAAUCGGUGGUGGUGGUUUUUUAAAAAGAGACCACUUUUUUAGAUCAACCAACUGAGAGGAACUGAUUUAUCAACAAGCCAAGCCCUUGUGGCAAGUUUUUUUUUCUUACAGUUUCAAAUAUUUGCUCUCUGACAUCCUAAUUCAGACCCUUUCUCUCAAAUCCCUUCCUCCCCCACCUCCCUCCCCUCCCCACACCUCUUCUGGUUGGUUCCUAUAUCACCCCAUCCCCUCUUCUCAUUUGCUCAGUGACUAGACGGAGGGGCGGGACCAUUUUCCUGUCUGUCACCAUCCACCUCAUUAGAAAAUGUUUAAAAAAAAGAAAAGAAUCUGCUUAAAGGUCUCUUCGGCGUGAACAAAAAUGAGACGUUUGCGGUUGACUUUAUCCUGUGUAUAUGUAAAUUCCUUAAUAAAAUAUUGCAGUGAGAAACGG